UGUUUGGAAACUAAAUAAACAAUGCUCUCCGGUGGAGUCGACUAAUUCACAAAGAUGAGACUCGGAGGGGACGAUCGACAACAUCCAAUGGUUCUUUGGUCUCCUCAAGUGGGACAAAGUCCAAUAAGCUGCACAAGUCUCACCCACUGAGCCUGAGAAGCGGUCACCUUCUGAAAUGAUGUCUGGUGGCGACGUGCGUGGUGCGCCAGCGUGCGUGUGAGUGACUGACCGAUAGCCUUUCUGAGAAAGAGAGAAAGAGCCUGGAUAUAAGCAGCAGCCGGGAUUUCAGGCAGCGACAGCCAGACACUCACCGGCUCUCUCCCAGCUACUCACACCCAUGCAGGAUGCCCGGAGAGCGCCGGAGAGUCCUGGUCCAGCUCAGCCCGAGUUCAUGACGCUCUGGGCGGCCUCGUCAUGCGUCUCUUGCCCGAGCCCAGUGCCCAGUCCCUCCGACUCCUCUUCCUCUUUAUCUUCGUGAUGGGGGUGGCCCCUUCACCGGCUCUCACUGCCGGUUGCCCUGAUAGAUGCGUGUGUGACGACCAGCUGGUGGUCCAGUGCGCUGGCCAGGAUCUUACCCAGUUUCCCAAUGACCUCCCCCUGGCCACCCGGCAGCUCAUAAUCUCGAACAACCGCAUCGGGGACCUACCGGCGCUGCAGCUCAACUACCUUUCCGAUCUGGUCUAUCUGGAUUGUAGCAACAACUCACUGACAGAAAUCUCCGAGUCCACUUUCGGGAACUUGAGGAAACUCGCUUAUCUGGACUUGUCAUUCAACAACCUGCUGCAGAUCGAGGACCGGACUUUCGGGCCCCUAGCGUCUCUGGUGAUGCUCCGGCUGACGGAUAACCCGAGUCUGGGGGAGAUCCACCCGGAUGCCUUUGCAGAGAACAUGGCUCUGCAGGUGCUCGAUGUGAGCCGGAACAACCUGACGACCCUCAACAUUAGCAGCCUGAUCGCCCUGCCUGCUCUGAGGUCUCUGGGGCUCAGCGGCAACCCAUGGAGAUGCGACUGUGACACAGAGGACCUCUGCCUUUGGCUGCAGAUAGAGGGAUACAAGUUCCAAGAUGAGGGCCAGACAGUUUGCCACAACCCUCCGGAGCUGGCUGGCCAGCGGUUGGCGGAGGUCGGCAUGCAGUUGCGGGCAGAUUGCCACCAAGGCCUGGGCUACUGGGACUACCUCUUCUUCAUCGCCAUCGGCUUUGUCAUCUUCUCGGCCGGCACGGUGUCGGCUUGGGUGAUGGGCGUGCUCAUGGUGCUGUACGAACGCUACAGCAAGCGAAAGAGCGAGGAACUGGACAGCGAUGACGAGGACGAAAGGGGAGGGAUGGGUGGAGGUGGGGGAGGUGGAGGUGGGAACCAGGGGAAUGGCGAUCUGAGCAAGCCUGGCAUGCAAGUGUGACAGACUGAUGUGAAACAACAUUGGAAGAGGAAGAAAGAAAAGACAGAGAGGAGCAACUUGAAGUGAUGAGAGGAGUCUGAGACCAAAGGCUCUGCUAUGAACUAAGAUCUGCCUGUCUCUCUUUGUUACAGAUUUAGAUAUUGCAAUAUGCUCCUUAACAUAUAAGAAAGUGAGUGUGUAUGCGUACGUGUUUGCGCGCGCGUGUGUGUGAGUGUGUGUCUGCGAGAGAGAAAGAGAGACAGACAGAGACAGCAAUAAGGAUGACUAUGCCUUCACUUCAGGAGAAACAGAAUGACCUCUGAGAUUAUUGAGAGCAAUAACCCCCCCACCACCACACACACACACACACACACACACACAAACACACACAAACAUACACACACACUUUGCACAGAUAGUCUACGGAGCUGCUGGUUUCUCUGAGUGGGUGGAUGUACCUUUAUACUAUAUGUAAAGUACUCUUCAGUAACACCCAGUAAAACAAGACACGUGAGUGACGCAUUCAAACACACACACAGUAUAAUCAUACAAAAUACAUAAGAAGGUACUGGGAGUCACAACGAGAGCUUUGCCUUAUCUCCAAAGUUAAAGGGGGAUCUAGUUUCGUAUUUAAAUGUGAUUUUCCUGAAAGCCUUAAGGCAACUCACUUGAAAUAUUCUACAGUCACCGCUGUUUCCUAUAGACAGAAUCUGUCCACAGAGAACAAACACACAUUUUGGGUCAUAACAGAUCGAACAAUGUCAGACACUGUCAAAAUAAUGUGAAUGUACAAAACAAGAACAAAGAGGUGGUCCAACUAAGCUUGCCGUGUUACUCUUAACAUUGAAAGGCACCCUGUGGAGCUGUCUGAGUGGUAAAUGGUGCUAUGGAGCAACAUUUUCUUUGGGGCGUUUGUCAGUUUUGCUGUACUGACUGACACAUAACGUUUUAAGCAAAAUUAGAAGGUUUCUAGUUAUCAAUGCAUGCCGAUGUCUUAAGUCGGCAAGUAUUUAUAUAAGUAUUUAUAUAAGC